ACUUGGGAACACCGGUGAGCAGUGAUUGGUCCUUGGGAACACCGCUGAGCAGUGAUUGGUCCUUGGGAACAUCGGUGAGCAGUGAUUGGUCCUUGGGAACAUCGGUGAGCAGUGAUUGGUCCUUGGGAACAUCGGUGAGCAGUGAUUGGUCCUUGGGAACACCGCUGAGCAGUGAUUGGUUCUUGGGAACACCGCUGAGCAGUGAUUGGUUCUUGGGAACACCGGUGAGCAGUGUUUGGUCCUUGGAAACACCGCUGAGCAGUGAUUGGUCCUUGGGAACAUCGCUGAGCAGUGAUUGGUCCUUGGGAACACCGAUUGGUCAUGAGCUCAACACAGUCAAGCAUUACACAAUGGGUGUGUUCAGUGAACCUGCUCCCUCAACUUUGUCAGCACUUGGCUGGUGAGCUGUAUCAAGCUGUCUUCAAAGGCCAGUUCGUCUUUGUCUCAGACUUCGCACUGACGAACGCAAGACGAAAUGUUUGACGACUUCUUCCAUCGAAUUGAAACUGAACUUGGGCCACUAAAUUCAGACUGGUUUGAAGAGUUGACUGUGAGAGCUUCUGAAGAUGGCUGCGGUAACUCCACAGCACAUAAGGACAAGGACAAGGUCAUUUUCAGAGCUCCAGAGACACCAGUCUUGGACAGUCAGAUGUGUUCAACACCCAGAAUAUUUAGGCGCAGACGGCCACUUUCUCCUGCCUCAGGUCUUGAAGAUACUCCCAAUUCAGGGACGGGGAGAAUGUUUCCUGCUCCACCAGGUGCAGAAUCAAGCCCAUGUCUGUUUGACUUAGCUAAAGACAGCCAGCAGUUUCAUAAAGACUGGGGAUCAUUAAAGACAAGUGCAUGCUUGGAUCUACUUGACACACCAACAGAUUUAACAACACAAGCCUCAUCUGCACAACGCAUCAGCGAGAGCCUCGGAGCUAAAUUAAACCCCGAUCUAUCUUGGAGCAGUUCCUUUAACACACCAUCAUUGACCCCCACCGUUAUUUUAUCCAAAAAAACAGAAUGCCAGUCUUCACCAGUAAGUUUUCUCAGAGACAAAGAAGUCAUUAUUGUUCGAAAGCUGUUUCCAUCACUCUCAAAAGAUUCAGAAUCAACAUCCAGUGUGCAGCACAACGACAUAAACGGUGGGAACGUCCACGCAGAAAAACAAAAAUCUGAUUCAUCCACUGACAACUUAGAUGGUGUUUGGAGGCAGACGGUACCGGAUGCGAUUAAGGACAGCGAUUUGCGGAACACAGUGGAGAGCGUCCUCGACGGAGCCGAGGACGUGCUGUCCUUCUUCUUCACGGACAGCGGCUCCUCACUGCGAAGGGUUAAAUCCACGGAAAGGAAAAAGAGGUUGAACGGUGUUUAUAAGGAAGUAAAGGCAGAUCCCGUGACAGUAGAGCACACUACAGAUCGUCCAUCCGCAUCAAAGACAGUGACCGGUGCUUCUGUUGCAAAUUUAAAGUCCCCUUUAUUUUCAAGUCAGCUUGAUAAUAAGGAUUUUACACAGUGGACCCCGCUAAGUUUAUCUGAUGUUCAAUACUCAAAGCCAAACCAAGCGUGUAUCUCUGAAAUCUCAAGUAAACUCACUAGUCCUGGAGUGGAUGAUCACCGUAUCGCACAGACGUUCUCUCCUGAUUCGAUUCGUGAGAAGUCUCAGGGGCAAAUCUCUUUAUCGGAGGCAUCUCCUGCACUUACCUUCUCAAGAAAACCCAGGAAAUUUGUGUAUCGAGUGCAAAAUUCAGAUAGUAAAAAAAAGCACAAUGUCACUGAUGCUGCGGUUGGAAAACACUACCAGGAAGCUUCCAGUCAUGAAGAGGAUGUCCACACGGACACCGGAGAUCAGUCGGUCCAGCCAGCAGAAACUACCGUUAAGCAGGUCCAUCCUACACUUCUUAACAUAGACCAUGAGCUCGAUAUGUCUCAGCUUUGCAAAGCGUUUGCGGAGGAUUUCACUCAGGAAGUGAACUCGUUAAAAGCGCCACAAAAAAUCGCACAGAGCAGCCGUGAAGGUGUUUUAAUCCCAGCUUGCACUGUAGAAGAAAUAAACGAUACGCAGGCUAAAGCAGUAGCUGCGAUACAGUGCGAAGGUCACGUAGACCGUCAGACAGCAGAAGUCGUUCAUUUCACAAAUACACAAUCCUUUGAGAGCGCAGUCUGUGACGAUGCCUGUCCUACAGUUCGUUCUGGUUUUAGCCCGGAAACGUUACCAUGCAACGACACCGAACAUCUUUAUUCUGGAUUUAAAACAGCAAAUAAUGCGAUUAUUGUAGUACCACCUGAAGCUUUAGUGAAAGCCAAAGCAGCGUUAGACGAAUCCUCAGAGCACACAGAGCACCUCAUGACUCACACAGGCACUUCAGGCGUAACCGAACCGAUACAAGCAGGUACAAACUGCUGCAAAACUUACAAACCUGUAAUAGCAAACACUGCUGGAGAGAAAUCGCCUUCAGAAAGCUAUCAUGAAGCUGGAAAAGAAACUUCUAAUGAAAGCGUUUUAAGGUCUGAGGAAGCUCCAGCGAAUAUGCCUAGCAUGUUCAUGUGCCAAACAAACGAAUCUGGCUUCAAAACUGCGUCUAACAAAAGUAUAACUGUCUCAUCUGUGAAUCUCGAAAAAGCUAAAGACAUUUUCAAGGAGUUGGAUGAAGAGAAGUUAGAUUCAUGUCCGUCGGAUAACAAGAUGCAGAUCUGCAGUAUAAACGGUGCCAAGCCGUAUAAAUCUGCACAACGUUCCACCGGCAACGAUGACGGAAGUUCAUCUUUGACGGCUUCGCAAAGGGCGGACGUGACCGAGCUGUGUAGUAUGUUAGAGGACGCAGGCAGCCAGUGUGAGUUUACACAGUUUAAACACACAAAGAUGGACUCGAAAUAUCCAGAUAGCCUGCAGCUGGAGCGAGAGUGGGACCCUGAGAUACUUGCUGGUAUUGACUUUGACGAUAGCUUUAACUGCAAUUUAACCGAGAGGCAGGUCGUAAAAAAACAUCAGUCCAAGGCAGAUACGAACGCUUCGGUCCCAAACGGCCUGAUGAAUGGAGACGUGGCCGUUCAGAAUUUAAAUAUCAGGAAGUCUUGUCUUAUUCCAUGGGAAAUGCAGAAUAAGGCUGAUGACAGUGUGCAGGAAAAGGCUUUUUGUUCUGGCUUUAGAACUGCAAAGGGAAAUGCUGUGACCAUCUCUGUGAAAUGUCUGAGCAAGGCCAGAAGCCUUUUUGCAGAUCUAGAGGACACGGAGAGAAACUUUAGUCCCGAGAGUGACAGCAAUGCGGAUACCGUUAAAGAAAACGAAGAUCGAGCAGGUGACCACCAGGACACGGUGGAUCGCAGGAUCGCAGUGGAAUCAGAUCUCGAACCAAAACAAAGGAUAAAUGCGUGUAAAGGAAACGCGAGCUCAAUAAACGAAGAGGCUGAAACGUGUAAACAGAUGUGUAGCAAAACAAAUCUGGAAACAGGACAAGAAACUGUAGAUCAGAAACCAGAUUUAAAUCGGAGCAGCACGGUAAGUUCUGGAUUUAGUACCGCUGGAGGAAAGGAAUUAAAGAUCUCAGAAAACGCUCUUCAAAAUGCAAAGGAACUUUUAAAUGAACUUGCAAAUGGCAAAGAAUCCAAGUAUGACCGUUUCCCUGCAGAAACAAAAGCCACCUCUUGGACUUCAGCUCAGAAUUCUUAUGAUUUAUUGGCAGACAUAGUUGCUGAAUCGAAAACGUCUGAUGGAUCUUUACCAAAAGGUGGAAAAGAACCCAAUUUUGAAAUCGGCCCCGACACAAAACAGGCAACGUGUCCAACUCCUCGAUCCGUCAAGAGUAAUGGGUUUAAAAUGGCCAACGGCAAAGAAGCGUCUGUCUCAGCAAGUGCAAUUCAAAAAUCAAAACCCAUUUUCAAAGAUAUUAAUGACUGCACGAGAAGCUCGGAUGAAGCGAAACCCGAGGAAACGAACGCAAAGCUGGAUCUCGAAGUAGAUACACGCCAGCACACGUUUGUCAACGGAUUCAAGAUGGCAAGUGGGAAAGGAGUGAGUUUUUCUGAAAAAGCGUUUAUGAAAGCCAAGACGUUUUUUAAAAAUUGCGAUCCCGAUCGUGUGGAGGUUUCUCAAGUAAAAAGAGACGACACAAGUGUGAUGGAUGACUGUGGCUUCAAGGCAGUUGCGGGAAACAUGGUGAAUUUGCCCGGAACAGACAAUCUGAACAAAGAGGCCUUAAAGAAAGACUCCACAGAUUUAAAUAAAUAUGUCCAAAGGAAAUUCACUAAAACCUCCUCUGAGACUCUUCAACCACCAUCUGUCUGUGGUUUCAGUACAGCAAGCGGUGCUGCGGUGUCCGUUUCAGCCGACGCACUUCAGAGAGCAAGAGCUAUGUUGGAUGAUUCAAAUGCUGCUUCACCUGGUGAAAGGAGAUCGGAAAUAUCAGAAGCAAGCAUUCUUUCCAAAAACGAGGCCGUCGUUGCGGGAAAAACCUACGGCUUUAGCACAGCAAGCGGAAGGAAAGUCGCCGUUUCUGAGAAAGCCCUCCAGAAAGCGUGGAGUCUUUUUACUGACUGUGAUGUGGAUGGAUUAGGACCUGAUCCCUGUAAUUUGUCAGCUCCAAAGACAUCAGCAGCAGGUUCUGAACCUACACACGAAUUGCUUUUCAAUGCCGCCAGGAACAAAAACGGCGUGUCAGAAAAGGAGCCGAACAGGGGUAAGGACGUGUCGGUCGGUAGUGACGACGGUUCAGUACAACAUGGAAGUUAUAGCGGUGAAGCUUUGUGUGCUAAGAACGCAAGCGUGCCAGAUAAUGCCGGAAAAUCCGAAGGAAGAUAUGAGAACAUGAUUAAUGGAGGCCCAAAGGCUGAUCACUCGGGAUCAGGAAAUUGUGGCUUUAGCACAGCCAGCGGAAAAGGUGUUUGCGUGUCAAAAUCGGCCCUCGCGGUAGCGUACGAGAUGUUCAGAGAUUGUGAUGCCCAAACAGUUACUAACAGUACAAUUACCAAUGACGCUCCAUCUACAGCUAUUGACAAGAAACCUAUCGAGUCAGAGACCAAAGCCACUAAUCCACCUCACCCGUCAUCACCGGCCGCUCAGGAUAAUCCUUCCCUGCUGAGCUGCCAUUCUUUAAAUCUUGAUGGAUGCACUGUAACCCAGCAAAAAUAUUUUGAGCAAGAAGCAAUGGCUUGCACCAAAGCACUCUUAGAGGAUGAUCUCAACGAGAGUGGUUUGAUGAGUAGCUUGGACUCUGACGUCAGGCAAAGUCCUGCACAACAUCAGGAGAUACGCUUAGGGGUGAACACAGGAAUACGAAAGCGGCCGUCGGAUGACGAGCUUUUGACAGGCCAACCUCCUUUGAAAAGAAGACUUGUUUCAGAGUUUGACCAGAUCUCAGACGACGGAACAGCCUGCGCUCCAGUGAAAAGCAGCCCCAACGGGACCCUGAGUGACAGAAGGGUCUUCAAAUACAACUUGAAGCCCAAUAUCACUUAUCCGUCCAGGACUGUCAUGGACCAAGCAUCAGCCAACCAAGGUCACCUCAAAAGGAGAUCCUCAGACCCCAAGGCUCCAGUGUUUAUACCACCUUUUCGAAAAAACCUCAAGGAGGAAACGCCACAAACCCGUGUUCCUACAGCUGUGGCCCAAGUUCCCAGUGUGUUUGUUCCACCCAUUAAAAAGAGAGCUACAUCAGGUAACGUUUAUGUGAAGGAUUCACCACUGAUUUCUGCCGAUUCCCCAGCCAUCACAAGCUCUAGCUGUGAAAGCAGCAAGUAUCAUUCAGCCAGAAAUACAGACAAACAGAAAACAGAAGAAACCAAGAGAGAGGAGAUGCUGGAAAACGAUACCACUGUCCUUGGGGAAACAAACAUCAUUUGGCAGCAGUCUUUGGAGUUAGCACGAGAUAUUCAGAACAUGAGAGUCAGAAAAAAGAAGUAUCAGAGAGUUCGACCUCUACCUGGCACUUUUUACCUGGCUAAGACGUCCGGGGUGAGCAGAAUUUCCCUGAAAGAGGCUGUAGGGUACAAGUGUCCUGAGCUCCACACAGAAAACCAGCUCUAUCAGCAUGGCGUAUCCUUCAACGUGUCCCAGAUAACCAGCGAGAACGCAGAGUCGUUCCGGUUCAGCUGUGACGAGUUUUUCAAACGUGAGGUUCUCCGAGACACCGGAGGGAUACAGCUGGCUGACGGUGGGUGGCUGAUUCCAGACAACAAGGGAAUGCUGGGUAAAGAGGAGUUCUACAGAGCCUUAUGUGAUACUCCUGGUGUUGACCCCAAACUGAUAAGUGAAGCAUGGGUGUAUAACCACUAUCGGUGGGUUGUGUGGAAACGCGCCUCCAUGGAAAGAGCCUUCCCAGAAAUACUGGGCGGUCGGUGUUUCACUCCAGAGCAGGUGCUUCUACAGCUCAAACUCAGGUAUGACGUUGAGGUGGACCACAGUAAAAGAUCAGCCCUGAAGAAGAUUAUAGAGAGAGACGACACACCAGCCAAGACCAUAGUGCUUUGUGUGUGUGGAAUUGCCAAAGAUGACCAAAGUUUAGUCAGGACAAAGGAAGCCACGAACACAACAGAUACAAAACCCGAGUCACCCGCUGCAGUCAUAUGGCUUACCGACGGCUGGUAUCCCAUCAAAGCGCUACUGGACGUACCUUUGUCUACCAUGCUGAGAAAAGGCCGUCUCCGAGUGGGUGUGAAACUUCUGAUCCACGGCGCAGAAUUAAUCGGCUCUCAAGACGCCUGUCCUCCGCUAGAGGCUCCUGAAUCACUCAUGCUCAAGAUUCCGGCAAACAGUACAAGACGAGCUCGCUGGGACACAAAGCUCGGCUUCUAUAAAGACCCUCGACCCUUCCCACUGUUGCUUUCAGCACUGUAUGCUAACGGAGGAGUGGUGAGUCGUGUGGACAUCACCGUGUUAAGGAGUUACCCAAUACAGUGGAUGGAAAAGAAGCCAGGUUCUGUCUUUGUGUUUCGCAACGAGCGAGCUGAAGUCAGAGAAGUAGCAGGAUACAACAGGACCAAAGAGAAGACAUUGGAGCACCUUUUCUCCAAAAUACAAGCUCAGAUAGAGAAAGAGGAAGAAGAAAAGAGGAAAACCAGGAGAGGCAGAACAUUUAGUCUGCACGAGAUCAAGAACCUGCAGGAAGGAGAAGAGAUUCAUGAAGCGAUGGAGAGCGAUCCAGCUUUGGUGGAGGCACAUCUAAGCACCCAGCAGGUGAAAGCUGUGAGUAGCUACAGGCAAGUUUUAACCGAAAGGAAGAGAGCGGAGUUACAGGACCGGGUGCACAAGGCUGUACAGGAGGCUGAGGGGGGCUGCGCUAACCGAGACGUUACUCCUGUCUGGAAACUGUCUAUUGCUGAUGCUAAUGAUUUACACAGCAGCUGCGUAUACACACUGAAUAUCUGGCGGCCUUCUUUGGACUUGCAAUCCUUACUGCGAGAAGGCCGCAGAUACAAAGCUUAUCACCUGGCCACAUCAGAGACCAAGAAACGCUCCGGAACUUCGAACAUCCAGUUUACAGCUACCAAAAAAACCCAGUUUCAAGACACUGAGGUUUGUCCACAAUGGCUAAGUUUACAUUUUCCUGCAAGACAAUCGGUGAAAUUCGGAGAUCUUCAGAGCCCCGGAUUCAGCUCUCCGUGUGGAGAGGUUGACCUUGUGGGCUACGUCGUUUCUAUCUCGGACAGACAAGGUACUUCUCCUGUGUUGUACUUGGUGGAUGAAAAGUUUGACUUUGUCUCUGUGAGGAUCUGUAGCAGCCUGGCACUUCUUGCUCUGGAGGACCUGGUAAAGCCAUUAGCUCUACUGGCUGUAAUCAACCUGCAGCUCCGACAGCAGUCUGGCCCAGUCCCCAGCCUUUAUGCUGGAGAACAAGCACUAUUCUCUACAAACCCUAAAGAAGCCUACUUACAGAAAGAUAUUGCUCGUCUGAAGACGUUCGCUGAGGAUUAUGAGCAUUUCUUCAUAGUCGCUGAAGAGAAGCUCUCGAACCUGAUUCCAACAGGUUUCCUGAACUCUUGUGAGUCCCCAAGAACUCCAGGUUUACCCUCAGUGCCAAAAUCAAACCUCAGGAAUAAUGCAAGCCGAGUUUUCUCCCCUUUCACUCCUGUGACCAAAAGAGCCCCUAUACCCACCGGAAACUCCGACACUAAGGACCCCAGGAGUGUGAAAAGGAAGCGUGGUAUGGAGAACCUUUCACGCCUUCAAAACCCAGCACCCCUCGUUCCUCUGGGAAUGGUCCGCUCUCCCAGAAUCAGCAAGACUUUUAACCCUCCCAGAAGGUGCGAGACUCCUCGUAAUCCACAGACAGCACCAACUCCAUAACCAGAAAACAAACAGUAGGUGGAUGGUGAGGAACUGGCCAUGAUAAACACCUAAAGACGUAUCUGAUGUAGCGUAGCAGCCUGAGUUGAGAUCCCGGGUCCAUUCUGUGGAACAAAGAUUCAAAUAGAUAAAGGAAUGAAGGGAGGGAGACUCUGCUCUUGUGUCGCUACUGUUUUAUUGUAUAUAGUCCAUAUACGGUCCAUUUAUUUCUACUAAAUACUGUGUACUGCUACUGAUAUGAUUGCACAAUGGAUGUUUUUGUAAUCUUUGCUAUUCUGUAGUUUUGCCAGUUUCUUAAAAAAAAUAGACGAAUAAAUGUUUAUUUAUUUUUUUUUAA